AUGCCUGCGAAACAAGACGACGGCGGCUGGAAGAAGUUUGUGUGGGACUCCGAGAAAGGAGAGCUGCUCGGCCGUACCGGAGGCAGUUGGUUCAAAAUUUUGGUGUUCUAUAUUAUUUUCUAUGGAUGCCUGGCUGGAAUCUUCGUCGGAACCAUCCAGGCCUUGCUGCUUACCCUAAGCAACUACAAGCCCACCUGGCAGGACAGAGUUGCACCCCCUGGCCUUACACACACCCCACGGUCAGACAAAGCUGAAGUGACCUUCAACCUCAACGACGUGGAGACCUACCUGCCUUACACCAAGGCCUUGAAGGACUUCCUGGCCAAGUAUGACGAUGAAAACCAGAAGGACCAGAUGAAGUUUGAGGACUGUGGAGAGGAGCCUGCAGAAUACAAGAACCGUGGCGACUUGGAGAGCGAUGUCGGCAUCAGGAAGGCCUGCCGCUUUUCCAGGGCUGUGCUGGGACCCUGCUCCGGCAUUGAGGACCGCGACUUUGGUUUCAAGGAGGGCAAGCCCUGCCUGAUUGUAAAGCUCAACAGGAUUGUCAACUUCUAUCCAAAGCCUCCUAGCUCUAAUGAAACUAUCCCUGAAGAGGCUCAACCCAAGGUGCAGCCCAAUGUCAUGCCCCUCUACUGCACCAACAAGAAAGAGGAGGAUGCUGGUAAAAUCGGGGAAGUUAAGUACUACGGUAUCGGCGCCGGCUUCCCUCUGCAGUAUUACCCCUACUACGGCAAGCUGCUGCACCCUCAGUACUUGCAGCCACUGGUAGCACUGCAGUUCACCAACCUGACCUUGAACACUGAAUUGCGCAUUGAGUGCAAAGUGUUCGGAGACAACAUCCUUUACAUAGAGAAGGACCGCUACCAGGGACGCUUUGACAUCAAGAUCCAGAUUAACAGUUUAUGACCGACCUCAGGACCAUAGCACUUUCCCUGAC